UAACGUAUGAACCUGUGGAACUGGUAUCAGUUCAACAGAAGACGUCGGCUAAGGUAGAAACGGUGAGGCUCUGAAGCCUCGACAGGCUUUAAAAAUGGGACUUUUCACCGUUUUGUGCUCGGUGUUUCUUCUCGGUGCUGCUGUACCUGCCUGGAGUGAGAAACACACCCUGUACUACAUAUAUACAGCUUUAUCCAAACCAGUCGAAUUGCCCGGCAUCUAUCAGUUCACUGCUAUGGGUCUGCUAGAUGACAGAGAGAUUGACUAUUACAAUAGCCACGGACAGGAAAAGAUUCCCAAACAGCCCUGGAUGAAGGAGAAAAUGGACAAUGAUUACUGGGUAAAAGGCACCCAGUCCAGAAAGAGUAAAGAACAGUGGUUUAAUGUGAACGUUGACAUUCUGAUGAAACGCAUGAGACACAAUGAUUCUGAUGUUCAUGUUCUACAGUGGAGACAUGGUUGUGAAAUUGAGAAACUGGGAGGUGAAGUGAAGUUUUCCAAAGGCAUUGAUGAAUACAGCUAUGAUGGAGAGAACUUUUUGUCUUUUGAUGAUAAGGAGUCUCAGUGGGUUGCUCCUGUUGAUGCAGCUCUUCCAACCAAGAGGAAGUGGGAUAAUGUGCCCAUCCUAAACCAGUACACCAAGGGCUACCUAGAGAAAGAGUGCGUGGACUGGCUUAACAAAUUCAGAGACUAUGGAGAACAGGAGCUAAGCAAGCACUCUCCUCCAGAAGUUCAUGUGUUUGCAAUAAAGUGCAAAAGUGACAAUACCAAGCUUAAACUCACUUGUCAUGCAACUGGUUUCUACCCCAAAGACGUGACACUGCUAAUUAGGAAAUAUCGCACAUCUCUGCCUGAGGAUGAGAUUGAUUCCUCAGGAGUCAGACCAAACCAUGAUGGAACUUUCCAGUGGAGAAAGAGUGUGAUUAUACUGGAGAAUGAAAAAGCAGACUAUGAUUGUUUUGUAUUUCACAGAACCCUCAGUAAACCAACCAUCAAGGAAUGGGAUGGAAAAUGCCAGGAUUGUCUACCAGAGAGUAUGCCGGUUAUGACUGUAGCUGUGAUUGGAGUCUUGCUUAUGCUGGUAGUCGUGGCUCUAGUGGUUUCCAUCUUAAUGAAGAAAAAAAUCACUGCAUUCAACUGCAGCAAAAAACCCAGCACCGAUGAAGAAAAUGUUCAAUGUAAUCUGCAAGAAGGAUCAGGGAAUGCUAGUAAUAGAUCAGACAGCAACACAAGCUCCUCUCAGGUGGAAUCAGGACCCAAUUCAGUAAAAGCAGUAAGUGAGCGCAAUGGUGACUCUGACUCUGGACAAGAGAGUGCUGGUUCAUCUCCAGGCAGCAGUCAUUGUAACUCUCAGGAGGAAGUGAACCAAGCGAAUGAGACUUCAAGCGGUGAAAGUCAAGAGCUUGCAGAAGAACAAUCACUUCUAACAAAGCCUUCAGAGUGAGAGCAUUACAUAACUUUUUUAAAUGGCAGAUCUGUGUUAUUUUGUUACUGUCAAUGCUGACAUUUGAGUAAUAUAUUGUUUCUCAUUUUUCAUAUAAUCUAGAUUUUUUUAAACAAUUUGCUCAAUAGAAUUAUACUUUCUAGAUUAUACUUUCCAAAAGAAAAAGAGCUGAUCUUUCAGACCUAUUAUUAUUGCUACUUCUAAAGAUCCAGAGUAGGGACUUUUUUACCAUUUGCUAUUUUUAAAACCAUCAUUCAAAUAUUUGAUAGCAUUAAUACUAUUGAAAAUAAUCCAGAGCAUAAUAUAAUUAUAAUGAUCUUAUUAUAAUUAUGUGGAAAACUCUGUAAAAAUUAGAUAUUCGUAUAAACUCUUAAAUGGUGUGCUCUUUAAAAAUGGUUAACAUUGUGAUUUUUCUACCUUGGUUCCACUUUUGUAUUAUUAUAUUUCAUUUGUACAGGCUUGUACAAUGAUACAAUGCUCACUACAAUCAAUUUUCAUGAUAUCAAAAAGUGGUAUCAAUGUGGUAUCAAAAAGUGGAAUGCCUGCUUGCUGUGUGGGAUCUAUUUAUUCUUUAUAAACAUGUUGUCACCUGUUGUAAGUAAAUUGGGUAGAUUACGGCUGUUUCCACUGUCAGAAUGGACUGUCUGAAUCUGAUUUCUAAUGUGUUACUUAAGAUUUCAUGGAAAUAAUAAUACAGCCUUGGUUUAAUAAAAUCAAACUUUCAAUAAAAUGUUAAUCUAAA